AGUGAAAGAGCAGAAUAAAGUAGGAGCCUUUAGUCAGCAGGACUCUCCCAUAAAUUGUCAGGUGUCUCUGCAGCCAGACAAUGCAGCUUGUGAACAGGACUUUUAUUUUGGAGGGACGAUGAGACGUCAUAAGACUGCGCCGCGCUCCUGCAUUUGCUGUGAUUCUGCUGAAGAAAGAUGGCGUUUAUUAAAGAGGAGACUGAAGACAUGAAGACUGAUUUUAUUAAAGAGGAGACUGAAGAAAUUAUGAUUAAAGAUGAGACUGAAGAAAUAAAGAUUGAAGAAACAUUCAGAGUGAAACAUGAAGAAACUGAGGAACAAACAGAUUUUUCUCCGCUCACCGCAAACAGAAGUAGUGCAUUCGCGCCAGUUAGGAAGGAAAUGAGAGAGGCAGGCAUCCAGAAUUUUCUUCUCUAUCCUGCAACGCUGAAGGUCAUUCUCAAUCAAGACCUAAUGGUGCUGAAGAAGGCAAGUCAUGAACUUAAUGAAAGGGAAGAAGAGAAAGAACAUUAUGAUGAACAUCAGGAUUUCAUGACUGGAGAAAGAUUGACACAGGCUAAAAAGUCUUCCUUACAAAAAAGAGCUCAAAAGACAGGAACUAAAACUUAUUUCACCUGCCAACAGUGUGGACAGAGUUUUACUGUAAAGGGAAGCCUUAAAGUCCACAUGAGAACUCACACUGGAGAGAAACCUUUCACCUGCCAGCAAUGUGGACAGUGUUUCAGACAUAAAGAUAACCUUAAAAUCCACAUGAGAAUUCACACUGGAGAGAAACCAUUCACCUGCCAACAGUGUGGACAGAGUUUCAGUCAAAAAGGGAACCUUAUAGCCCACAUGAGAAUUCACAAUCAAGAGAAGGCUUACACCUGCCAACAAUGUGGAAAGAGUUUCACACAUAAAGUAAGCCUUGAAGUCCACAUGAGAAUUCACACUGGAGAAAAGCCUCACACCUGCAAACAAUGUGGACAGAGUUUCAGUCAAAAAGGGAACCUUAUAGCCCACAUGAGAAUUCACAAUCAAGAGAAACCCUUCACCUGCCAACAGUGUGGAAAGAGUUUCACACAUAAAGUAAGCCUUAAAGUCCACAUGAGAACUCACACUGGAGAGAAACCUUUCACCUGCCAACAGUGUGGAAAGAGUUUCAGUCAGAAAGGAAACCUUAUAGCCCACAUCAGAAUUCAUUCUGGAGAAAAGCCUUACAGCUGUCAACAAUGUGGAAAGAGUUUCAGUCAUAAAGGAAGCCUUAUAGUCCACAUGAGAAUUCACACUGGAGAGAAACCUUACACUUGCCAACAGUGUGGAAAGAGUUUCACACAUAAAAGAAAGCUUGAAAUCCACAUGAGAAUUCACACUGGAGAAAAGCCUUUCACCCACCAGCAAUGUGGACAGAGUUUCAUUCAAAAAGGACAUCUUACAGCCCACAUGAGAAUUCACACUAGAGAAAAGCCUUACACCUGCACUCUGUGCGGGAAUAACUUUACACAGGAAAAAAGUCUCAGGCAACACAUGAAUAUUCACACUGGAGAGAAGCCUUUUACAUGUGGUCAGUGUGGAAAGAGAUUCAUAACUAAAGGUGACCUUAAGGGCCACAUGAGGAUUCACUCGAAAAAUAACUCUUUUAGAAGUCGUCACUGUGGAAAGAGCAGAGGUGUAAAGAGGACCUGAAAACCAUACUUGAGUAAAAGUACAGAUAUCUUACAGCAAAAAUUACUCCAUUACAAAUUAAAAGUGACAAAUUCUAAAACAACUUGGGUAAAGGUCUUAACUGUACUUAAAGCUGCUGUCUAACUUUGUGUUCAAAAUGUACAAAAAAUAUAUAAUGAGAAUGUACAACAUGAAUCCAUUUUCCAAACUGUGUUUUUGUCUAAUACUGAAUCAUUAUGGUAUACUUAUAAUAAGUGUUUAUAUUCAGACUAUUUUAGACCGGUCUGGUAGAAAUCACUAGUAACUGCGGGAACCGCCAUAGAUAUAAACGGAAAGAAGUAGCUCCGGCUACAAUGUUCCUCCACAGGACGCAUGCUGUUUUGUUUAUUAACUGCUAGAGCGCCAAAAGUGAAGGAUUGCAGCUUUAAAAGAUUAGUUUACUUUCAAAUGAAAAUUAGCCCAAGCUUUACUCGCCCUCACGCCAUUAGUAUAUGACUAAAUUCUUUCUGAUGAACAUAAUUGAAGAAAUAUUAAUAAAUAUCCUGUUGCAUCUGAGCUUUAUAAUGGCAGUGAACAGGACCCAAGAGUAUGAGUUGAAGAAGUGUUAGAUCCGUAAUUUGAAUAGGGAAGGUGUAGGACAUACAGCGCAAGCUUUUUGAAGAAUAAGGAAGGCGGAAACACUUGCAUGGUGAUCAUUUGUGUUUAUAAAGCAUAUACAUUGGUAAUUUUCUAAAAAAAAUUUUAAUCAUUUUGCUAGAUAAGUAGUAGUAGUAGUAGUAGUAGUACUUUAUUGUCACUAGUCACAGGUACCAGCGAAAUUAGCCAUCAACCUGUCCAUCCAAGGGGGGUAGACAGGACAGGAAGACAGAGGAUUUAGGAAGAAAUACAGCAUAACAUGAGGGAGGGUAGGAGAGAAAAAAAACCAACCCCCAGACUAUGUUCCUAGUGGGGAGUACAGUGUGGGAACAGGAAAAAAAAAAGAAAAAGAGAAAAAAAAAAAAACACCACAGCAACAUAAGCACAUAAUCAGUACAACAUGAAAACACAUGACUUGCAACAGGGGAGGGAAAUGGGGGCUGGAGGUAACCCAGCACAGGCAAGCAGCCAUCCGGUCCUGCAGCCAUUCUAGGCGCUGGUCACAGACCCGCUUGUCAGACUGGCGGUACAAAGCGGCGAAGGCGAGGGAUGGGGGGUUGGGGGGUGAAUGCAUAUCUUUAUAUAUGUGCAUAUGUGUGUGUAAGUAUGUAUGUAAAGUUCUUGUAUGUGUAGGCCUGGAGAGUCGCUACUCCUGGCAUCAAAUCUAGGUGCCUCAGUCCGCAGGAUUGUCAUAGUGAUACACAGCAAAUUGCCAUGGAGACAACCUUGAUAAAGUCCCAGACAGAGUCAAUCAGCAGGUGUCUGUGGGAAUGGGGGGAGGAACACAAGAGCGUCUCACUGCAGUGCUCUUCCGGGGGAGUUGUUGUUCCAACAGCGGCCUUGGCUGAGGCCAGUGCUGGUUGAGGGGAGUCGAAAGCAGAUAAGAUUGGGAUUGUUUGGUCUUAGGUCGAGUAGCCGCAUUCAAUUACACGGCUACUCUCUUAGUCCAUUCUGGUCUCCAAAUCGAUCCAUUUGCCUUUGCAAAGCCGUGAGCUUCUCUGUGAUGUUAUCCAUAUUGCGGUUGAUAGUCCCAGUCUCAGUACUGACCGCUCUGCCCACUGCUUCAAUAAUGUGUUGAGAGACCAGUUGAUCAAAUCCAUGAUUUUAGAUGUUUGGAGAGCAGUGCAGAGAGAGUCUCUCAAAGUGUAGACAAUAAACGAGACGAGACGAGAGGAGCAAAGCAGGGAAGGUAAAGGGGAGGAGAGGGAAGAAAAAUGCGCCUUCGUUGAGAGCCAAGAGAAGAAUAAGAAGAUAAGACCCUUAUUCCCCAUCUGAUAUUGUUUAAAGCCCUUUGAAGCUGCACUGAAACUAAUUUUUCAACCAUUAUAAUCCUAUCCAGAAUAAUCCUGGAUUGCAAAAUGCAUAAUUUCCUUUCGACUGAAGAAAGAAAGACAUAAACAUAUUAGAUGACAUCAGGAAAUUGUAAUUUGAAAGUGAACUAAUCCUUAAUAUGUUUUCUCUUAGGCAUGCCUGUGGGUGUAUGGUCUGUAUAUCAUUUUGUGUGUGUAGUCACUUGUAGAACAUGAUAAUUAUGCAUGAAUUAGACACAUGCAGAAUAUCACUUUUAUAUGUGAAAACCACAUAGUUCUUUCUCCCUGAAACAUUUUUGGCACAAAUUC